AUGCUCGUCCUCUACGAAACUCCAGCGGGCUAUGCGCUGUUCAAAGUCACCGACGAGAAGAAGCUCAAGGAUGUAGACGACAUACAGGAGGUCUUCGCGGAUCCAGACAAGGCCAGCAAGGCGAUGAAGCUUAAGGCAUUCCAGAAGUUCGAGGACACUUCUGAGGCGCUCGUUGCAGCAACUGCUAUGCUUGAGAGCAGCUUGAGCAAAGGGCUGAAGAAAUUCUUGGAGAAGAACAUAGUGAAGAAGGGUCUCAACGAAGAGUUGGCGGUGUACGAGACGAAGCUGGGGAAAGUGAUCAAGGAGAAGCUGGAAGUCCCGUGCAUCUAUGAUGACAAGGUGCUUGAAAUCAUGAGAGGUGUGAGAGCAAACCUUGAGGUGCUCCUCGGAGGCACCACCGAACAAGAUCUCAAGACAAUGAGGCUCGGUCUGGCUCACAGCCUCGGACGCCACAAGCUCAAGUUCAGCCCUGACAAGGUGGACACUAUGGUUGUGCAAGCAAUCGGCCUGCUCGACGAGCUUGACAAGGAGCUCAACACCUACGCCAUGCGCGUGAGGGAGUGGUACGGAUGGCACUUCCCCGAGAUGGGGAAGAUUGUGACCGAGAACGUGCCGUACGCCAAGGUUGUGAAGCUGAUGGGCAUGCGAACUAACUGCGUGAGCUGCGAUUUCUCGUCCAUCCUUGACGAGGAAACAGAGCAAGAGCUGAAGGAGGCGGUGCAGAUCUCCAUGGGAACGGAGAUCUCUGAUGACGAUAUCAACAACAUCCAGUCCCUCUGCGAUCAAGUGAUCCAACUCUCCGAGUACAGAGUGCAACUUUACGAGUAUCUUCUCAAUCGCAUGCGAGCCAUCGCACCCAAUCUCACCACCAUGGUCGGAGAACUCGUUGGUGCUCGCCUCAUCGCGCAUGCUGGCUCCCUGAUGAAUCUUGCCAAGCAUCCUGCCUCCACCGUGCAGAUCUUGGGAGCAGAGAAAGCGCUGUUCAGAGCGUUGAAGAGCAAGCACGACACUCCCAAGUACGGUCUGAUCUAUCACGCGUCGCUCAUCGGUCAAGCUGCUCCCAAGCACAAGGGCAAGAUCUCACGUGUGCUCGCGGCCAAGUGUGCGCUCUCGAUCCGUGUGGACGCCCUGAGUCAAGGUGACAUCCCUCAAGUCGGAGUGGAACACAGACUAGCGGUAGAGAACAGACUGAGACAACUCGAGGGAGGAACGAUCACCAACCUGAGCGGCUCCGCCAAGGGAAAGCCUAACGCCAAGAAGUAUGAGAGCAAGGCAGACGAAGACGGGAUGGCCAAGUCAUCUUCCAAGUACAACGAUGCUGAAGACAUGACUAUGAGUGCAAAGUCGAAGAAGUCGAAGCGCAAGGCAGACAGCGACGAGGAGGAGGAGGAGGAGGUGAAGAAGAAGAAGGACAAGUCGGAGAAGAAGAAGGCCAAGAAGAAGGAGGAGGAGGAGGAGGAGAAACCAAAGAAGAAGAAGAAGAAGACUGAGGUACAACAACCAUAG